AUUGAUCACUCACUAACCAAAAAAGAAAACCCUUGUUAAACCCUAACACUCGAAGAAGAUCAGAAUAACAAAGAAAAUCGAGGAAAAUGCAGCAACAAUGGUGGCGCAUCGGCGGCGAACGGCUGAGAAAGGCGGCGGAGUAUUACAGAAAGUUCCAUACAAUACAAGCCAUACCUAGGGAGAUUUCGGGCCCCCGAAUAUCGGCCCGUGACAGAGCUCAGGGUCGGAUCCCCGCCGUCGUCUUCUCCCUCACCGCAGAAAACACCUCCAAGCAGCUUCUUACGACUGAAAUUAAGCAGAUUGAUUCUAUUCUUACUAAGUUGGAUCCUUCCUUCUUCUGCUCCACCACUUUCAAGCUUCAAGUUCGGGCCGGGUCCGGGUCUUCUGUUCUUCUUCAUUCUGGAAAUGUCCUCCCUAUUAAGCUUGCGAGAAAUGAGGAGACAGGGAAGGUGAUGAAUAUGGUGUUUGUGUGGGCGGAAGAAGGAUCGAAGUUAGAAGUUGAUGUGCCCGUUGUUUUCAAGGGUGUAGAUUCUUGUCCUGGCCUUAAAAAAGGGGGACAGCUGAAAACAGUAAGGAAGAACCUAAAAUAUCUUUGCCCAACAGAAUGCAUCCCUCAAAAGAUCGAGGUGGACAUUAGCAAUUUGGACAUUGGAGACCGGAUCUUUAUGAAAGAUAUUGAGGUUGAUCCGUCAUUGAAGCUUUUAAGUGGGAAUGAUACAAAACCUAUCUGCAAGAUUGUGGCUUCAGAAGUAGAAAAUCCGGUACCUCUAGAAACUUAAUUUUAUAAGUGAGGUGUUUUUUUUACUUUUUAUCUUUUCUUUAAGGGACCAUAUAAUUCAAUGAUGAAAGCUGCUUCAGUUCAUGAAAAUAGUAUCUGAUGUAGGGUGUAUUAAAAACUUUGAAGGAGUAAUUGGUGACUCCAUAAAGCUGCUAUGACAAGUAUACCCCUUGUAUAACAUCUUGUUCUAUUAUAUGACCAAUCUAUCGUAUUCAUUUCCUUUGUAUUUUGUGGCUUA